AAUAAUCGGCCGUAGCCAGUGCAUCGGAGACCGUCGCGCGUGAACGUACCCACUUGCGGUGCGCCGUAAUAUAUUUAAUUUACCUCAUUUCGGCAUUACAACUUUAGUUGCCAGUGCAUCUGUGAUUAGAAAAAAAAAACAAUCAAACAUGGCCGACGGUGUCGUACCAUUGGUUACGAGUUAUGGCGGGAGCGAAAUCGAAUAUGGAACGAAAAGAACCAACUCAAGAAUGUCGACCCUGCUGUUUUGGCAGGGGCGUGGUAAGGCGAAUGGUGCGCCCAACGGUCGCAACUGGAUACACACACCAGAUGCUCUAGUCAAAGGACACGUAGCAUAUCUUGUCAAGUUCCUCGGCUGUACACAAGUGGACCAGCCCAAAGGCAUAGAGGUAGUGAAGGAUGCGAUAAAAAAACUACAAUUCACACAACAACUCAAGAAAUCAGAGACGAAAGAUGCGGCCAAAUGCAAGAAGGUCGAGAUCACGAUAUCGGUCGACGGUGUUGCCAUACAGGUGAGAAAUUUUAUUUUUUGCUUUUUGUUUGCUAUGUUACGCGAUUACAAAGCAAAUUUUAAACAAAUUUUUAUAUUUUUUUUUUGUAAUACUAAAGCUAUUAUUUUUCUUUCCGGAGCAAAAAACGCUUGUGGCGAAACAAAAUGUACAUUAAUUAAUUUAAUAUGUUCUUUUCUUUCCAGGAGCCCAAGAUCGAACAAUAUUAUGUACCAAUUCCCGCUCCACCGGAUAUCUUACUGCGCAGAUGAUAAAGGCGCGAAAAAAUACUUCUCCUUCAUCGCCAAAGGUGGCAGCACCGUCAACGGGGUCAACGGCCAUGACAGUUCUGCCAAUCUCGAGAAACACGAGUGUUUCGUCUUCAUUUCGACUAAACUGGCCUCAGAAAUUACAUUAACUAUUGGACAGGCAUUCGAUUUAGCUUACAGGCGAUUCUUGAACGACAACGGCAAAUACAUUGAGAUGCAGAAACUCAAUUUGCAGAACAAGAAACUGGAGCUGCAAGUGAACGCGUACAAAAACCGCUUACAGGAGUUAUCAAAGAUAACGUACAAGGACGACCUGUCAGCAUAUCUGGCGAGGAACAACCUCUCGGAGAUCGCCGAAUUCAAACCGCCCCCAGAGCUGGAGAGGCAGAUCUCUACCCUAACGCUGGCCAACGGUUUCAGCGCCAUGAAUGGGAACAAGACGCCUGAAAUAUCCACAGACGCACUGUCCAACAACUCGACAGAUACGUUCAAUUCGAGCAACGACAAUAAUUUAUUGCUUUCGACGCCUCCACCCACGCAUAAUGGAAAGAACAAUUUUAAUUCCGGUAAACUGUUGGGCGACCUGUCGUCAAGCAAGAACCCCGUAGUAGGCACCAAACUCGAAGGUUUACUCCUCAACUCUGACUCGGAUAGUGACUUCGACCCGCGCGCUUACGAGUCUGAACCCGUGACUCGGUUCGUUGCACCCGUUGAGAACGCCACACCCACUCCGCCGCUGCUAGCACCACCACCGAAGUCGUCGAAACGCCAGUCGCCACAACAAACCCAAGCCCAACCCCAGCCCCAACCCCAACCUCAACCCCAACAUUCGACCCCCGUCGCAAUAAACAGCGACAUAUUCGGUUCAACCCCAUUCAUGCCGCCCGCACCGCAAUCUAUGCCCCAAACGUCCCCGUUCGUCACAACAAAACCCAACUACGAUAUAAGCGACUUCAACCUCCAAACUUCAGUUUUCAACACCAACACGUCCUUCACGAACGGGUUAUCCGGUUACGACCCGUUCGACACGGCGAAAACCGGUAACAUCUUCGGCAACGGUUUCGGCAACACUUUCAACGGUUUCGGUAACCUCAGUGAAAAACAAACGGUCGAAUUGGACAGCAGUUUCAAUGGAUUCCUAGAUAAAACCAUUUCGGAGAUGAAGGAUGGUUUUAGCCGAGGGAUCAGCUUUGGAAACGAUGAUUUUUCAAUAGACAACCUCGAUCCCCUGAAGAAGAAUUAAGGAAAAGUUUAUUUUCACGAGAAAUAAAUAAAAAUUAGGUAAUUUAGUUGAUAAACAUAGUUGAAUCUCGACUCGAUUCACACGGCAUAGAAUUAAAUGCAAUAAAAUAUUAUGAUGAGAAACGGAAUUACGAUUUUAAUUAUGAUAAUUUUUAGUUUUUAAGUAGUCGUGUGGAGAGAGCUGAUAUUUUAUAGUUAUGUGUUGCCAUGUUAUUGGUUACAGUUAUAUAGUAUUCGACAAAUUCGUGAUAAUAGUUAUUAUUAUGUUUUUUUUUUUUCUACAUAAAAAAAAUAAAUAUUUCUUCAACUUUUUUAUCUUCUACGAAUCUCAAUAAUAACCAGUAAUGUGACAAAACAUUUCUAUUUAAAAACAUAUUGUUAUUGAAAAAAAAAAAAGUAAAUGAAUUGUCAGUGAUAAUAUUGUUAAUAUUAUCACACUACUAUGUAUUAUGCUCAAUGUCAUUCCAAAAGUGCCUUAUUUAUAAUAAAUAUCAAACCAACAAUAAAAAAAAAGAAUCAUUUAUUAUGACUUGUCUUAUUAUAAGGUUAUUUUUAAUGUAUAAUCAAAAUUUACAAUGCAUGUUUCAUGUUUAGAUUUUAAGACAUUUAAUAUGAAUUUGAAUAACAACUGUAGAAACGAGGACCAAAAUUUACCAGUUGAGAAAAAUUUGAAGAUCGCCUCAAAUUUAUUCUGUGAUAAUUCUCUUAACGUUGAGGGACUUCAAAUAGCUUUUUUUUUAUUAAGCAACUAACUAAAAGAAAAAAAAAACGUCCAAAAACGACUGAUAAACAAAAGCAUCGCUUUUUUACUGGGUGUAUAUAAAUAUUUUAGGGUCGUAUUAAUGUAUACAAUUAUAUUUUAACCAGCGGAUGGCAUUGUAGCUAUAAGGGUCAACAUUCCAUGAACAUAUUUUACGAUGAUAACUAUUUUAUUACUAUUUUGUAUAAAGUGUAAAAAUAGCAGUAAGUAAAUUAAUAACAAAUGUAAAUUAUAAAGAUAAAAAUGUUUCUAUUAUGAACGUUUUUUUUUUUAAUUUAAAUUUUUAACAACCAUAGAGUUUACUAUCACGAAAUGUCAAUUAUAUAAUUGUAUUUUAAAUAUUAAAAAUUCUUCUAAAAACGUUUAUUAAAACUUUAAAUCUGCUGUUUUUUCACUUUGUAUAUCGAUUACUUUAGUUGUGUAUACUAUAUUUCGUAAUUAUCUGUUGUAUCCAAUGUCACAUUAGUGGAAUAUUGUUUUAGUAUUUGUAUACACUAAUGUUACGUUAAGGCCAAAAGAUAUACAUAAUUGUGUAUUUUUCGUAAUAAAAAUCUAUGUUUCUAA